CCAUCAAUCAUAAAUUGAUCGAUGCGAUCGGAGCAUGUGCGAUUUCUUCGUUUAUUAUAGUUCCGAUGACUGAAAACUCUACUAGUGUUUGUAAAUUCAUUAUUUUCAAUAGCGUUUGACAGGUUGUUUGUCAAACAAAAACAGCUGAUUAAAGCGGUUUAUUAUACGAGGCAGAUAGGUCGUACGGGUUCGAAUCUCCGUGAAAAAAUUCCGUAAUAUCACUAUUCGCUUGAAACUAAAAGGACGCAGUCUAUUAAUAUCACCGCAGCAAGUUAGAACGAAAGAGCGAAGACAAAAUGGCUUGGACUCCGUACCAAUAUAUGCUGGCAUUAAUGAUGGUUGUAACUGGAAGCAUAAAUACCUUAAGUACAAAGUGGGCGGAUGAGCUGGAAUCAGAGGGAAAGGAUGGUGUUAAAAAGUUUGAUCAUCCAUUUUUCCAGGCCUCCUGUAUGUUUUUGGGAGAGAUCAUGUGUUUCUUUGUGUUUAAAGUCAUGUACUUUGCAUAUAGUAGACGCGGGGAUGGUACUGAGAAUGUUAAGGAACUGACUCGUGGUAACCGAACCUUCAAUCCUUUUAUUCUCUUCCUCCCAGCUAUGUGUGAUAUGACUGCCACUUCAAUUAUGUAUGUUGGAUUGACUUUGACCUAUGCAUCCAGUUUUCAGAUGUUUAGAGGUUCUGUUAUUAUUUUUGUUGGAUUGUUGAGUGUCGGAUUUUUGGAGAGGGUUUUGAAGAAAAGGGAAUGGCUGGGAAUAUUCAUGGUGAUCGUUGGAUUGUCAGUGGUUGGAGCAGCCGACUUUAUGACCAACGAGAGCGACGGUGAUGCGCCGGAUAGGAAUAGCAUCAUCACCGGUGACAUUCUCAUUAUUAUGGCGCAAGUGAUCACCGCCAUUCAAAUGGUGGUCGAAGAGAAAUUCGUUUCCGGUCAGGAUAUUCCACCAUUGCAGGCUGUAGGAUGGGAAGGCAUCUUUGGAUUCACGGUCCUCGCUCUUCUGCAGAUUCCAUUCUACUACAUCAAAGUCGGACCUCCAUUCAGCAACAACUCCAGAGGCGUUUUGGAAGAUGCCAUCGACGCUUUCAUUCAGAUUGGAAAUAAUUACAAUCUCGUCUUCGCAAUAUUAGGAACCAUCGUUUCUAUCGCGUUCUUCAAUUUCGCUGGGAUCAGCGUAACUAAAGAACUCUCCGCAACUACCCGCAUGGUAUUAGACAGCGUACGAACAAUCGUUAUUUGGAUUGUGAGCAUGCUCUUCAUGGGACAAAUUUUCCAAUGGUUACAGCUGCUCGGUUUCGUCGCUCUCCUGUAUGGAAUGUGCUUGUACAAUGGUAUCACCUGCACGUCCGUAUUUGCUAAAAUCCGUUCGGGUUUCAAUAGAUUGAGAUACAGGAAUUUGCACGAGGGAGCCGUCAUUAAUAGCUCGGCCGAUCAACCUGACGACACUAUGGAUGUCUGAACGACUAAAAUAUAUUAAUCUAAAAACGUAUAAUCUCUUAGCCUUAAACACUGAAGAUCUUAAUAUGCAGAACGGUAAUUUUAAUAGGACAAUGGAAUUAUCUUCGCUUGGAAUGUUGUACGUUGAUGAAUUAAGAUCUUAUGUGAUAUUAAUUUCUUUGUAGGAAGAUUCUCUUAUUUCGUUCUUCCCGUCUCAUUUGAGAAUAUCGAAAUUCUAUACUUGUUUCCAACUAUUUUUUUUUAAUUUACUAUAUGCUAGAUAUAUAUAUUUUCUGUAUAAAUAAAAUUAUAUUGACUA